UCAGUAUCACAGUUGGCUUGGGCAAGCGCACAAACCGAAGUGUGGUCCCCAAGUAAUACGCUCAGUGGCCCAUUUAAAUUCGAAACAACGCCGCGCCGCGAACAGUUCAACAUCAACAAUCGUCUUCGUUCGGUGUCGAAUUUAAUUUCGGAGGAGAAACCCACCAGCUUUCGAAAGUGCUUCUCGCGCGCCGAAAUUUUCGGGUGGAGUGAAAGUGCUGGACCCGGCAGUGAAAGUAGACAGUUUCGUGGACGUGCUUUGAAUUGAAUUAAAAAAAAUUAUUAAAGAAUAAGAUUUUUUAACUUCUUCGUUUGCGAUGGAUUCGCCACAGAUGUACGAUAACCAGCAGCAUCAUCCUCAAACAAAUCCGGCAAUGAAUCCGGUUGAUGGAAAGAAAACGGUCAUCAUGAAUAACAACAAUAAUAACAACCUUACCAUACUAAACAAUAAUACAGGCUCGAAACAAACAGCAGAACUUUUAAAAGCUCAUCAGUUACAAUACGAACAUUCGGAUAUGUGCGGUUCAUUAAACACAACGGAAAUCUCUAUGGACUUAAGAAGCAUCAUCGACGACUUUAGUGAUAUACUUCAAAAUGAAGGAAAACAACUUCAAAGUCUGCAUCCGAGACAAGUCAUGAACAAUUUAUCAAAUGCUUAUCCCCGAGCAUUACCUUACAUGCCCCAACCAGUUCACAGUGGUUCAACAUUUUCCGCGAAUCAAAACUCAAACAGUGACUCGAACAGUUCCAUUGGAAGCGAUGUGCCGAGUAUCAAAGAAGAACCUCUCGACCCCCAAGAAUUUAGAAAACAACAAUGUUUUAUGCCACAAAAUUACAUCCCCAACUCCGGCUAUCCAAAUGGAAACCCAACAACCUUUACGACACUAACACCAAGCGUGCUUCACCAACAAAGUAUGCACAACAUGAAUAUGAAAAACAAAGCUAUGCUUAAUCAUCAUAUACCAAGGAAAUCGGUCAAACCCUGCGACAAGAAUAGCGAAGAAUACCGCAGAAGAAGAGAGAGGAAUAACAUCGCGGUGAGAAAGAGUCGGGAGAAGGCAAAGGUGCGCACGAAGGAGACUGAAGAGAAAGUUAGGGUUUUGAUGAAAGAAAACGAAAGACUGCAGAAAAAAAUUGAACUUUUAACGGAGGAGUUGGCGGUUUUGAGGAAUCUCUUUCAAAAUGUUGGACUUCCAGACCAUGUACAUCGAGAACUCUCAAAGUUACAACCACAACAACCCCUCAUGCACGACGAUAGAAACCGAUUAAUGGAUAUCGUCCACGAUUACGGUCCAUAGUCGAAGAAGUUUUAGAUAAAAUUUAGUUUAGGUAUACGUGGAAGAGCUUUAACGCAGAAAAAACUCAAAAAAAAAAUUACAAAAAAAUACACACAAACAAAUUAAAAUCAAGAAUCGUUGAAAUUCUUCGUUAAAUUAUUAAUGACAAUCCUGGAUGGACGAAUCUUUUUUGUUUUAUUGUUUUUUUUUUAACCGACUGGCACGUGUACCGUAGAUCUCCUUUAAAAAAAAUCGUCGAAGUGUUCUAAAUAUUUAUUCGUUAAUCGGGUGCGCGAACGAUGUUGUCGUCGAUUAUUAUUAUUUUAUUUUUAUUAUUAUUUUUUUUUUGCUUUAACAACGGGUAUUAUAAAUAUCUAUAAUUAUUGUAUAUGUACGUGUAAUUUUUAUUCCGUUCUACAUUUGUGAUCAAAUAAUCGUAACGUAUUUAAAAAUGAAAAUCGAUGCCUUAAUAACGAUAAUAACGAAACCGUGAAUGCAACGUGCAUAGCUACUAUUAUAAUAAUUAUUAUACAAAAAACAGAGUACCUUCUUAAACUUAGGCUUAAAUAAAAAAAAUCGAGAUAAUUUUUACGUAUUUUUUUCUUAAAAACAAAAAGUGAAACGAUAUCAGAGAGUGAAAGCCGAGAUAUAUUUUUGUAUCGAAAAUAUAUCAUUGUUGUGUAUCUUAAAUAGAUUUUUAUAUACAUAUAUUGUUCGUUGUAAAUUUUAUUUAAGUUAAUUUUUUUUUUGAUUUAUACAUAGAGCUGUAAAUUGUAUUAUGUAUAUAUUAAACGAGUUAUAUUUUUAAUAUAUUUUCCAAAGAAAAAGCGAAAAUCCCCCUUGUAUAAAUGUGUCUUUAAGUGGAAUACAUAGUGUAUAUUUUAUACCUACUUACUUUAAAACAUGUUCUUGUUUUUAUUUAAUAAAUUUUUUUCUCUUGAA